AAGAUGAAUCCAUUAGAUUGAGGGACAUUAUAUUAACGUAUAAAUGAGGGAAAGUAAACGGAUUAAGAGAACUUUCAUUUAUUCCUUGUGCGUUUAUAAACCAAUAAUUAACAAAUAAUAUGAUAUAUAAUAAUUGCUGGACAAGCUAGUAAAGUAUUACAUGAACUUAGCUAUUCUGAAUAUGUUUUAUUUUUCCAAUCUUCAUCGAUCUUCGAAACGGGCUGACCCUUUAUAUAAUAGAUUGUUCACACGAAAAUCAAUGUUUACGUGUCGACAGCGAGAAAAAUAAAGGAAAGUCAUCGAAAACAGAGGAAAUUACUCCAAUUAAUGAAGUAAGGGGCUUGGGGAUGAAACAUGAGCUGGUUUAACCAAGCUAGUCUCUCAUCUUUUGCUAAAACAGCAUUGUCGACGGCGCAAAAAUCCAUUGACAAAGUUCUCGACAUUCAGGAUGAGGAAGGCGGUGACACCGGCAGUGGCACUCAGCCUGCCCGGAGCUCCGCGGGAACUGACCGACAGCCAUCGCUGUCAACUUCAGGUAUUGCCUCGGGCUCGGCUUCGGCGAGUUUGUCAGGGGAAGGAUACUCAUCUCCAGUCCCAGGGCAGCAAGUUACCUCAGGCUCAGAAAUUACAAGAUCUAAGGCUAGCAAGAUUACCCCUGAAGAUGACACAUUUUUCAAUUCCUUCCUCUCUGGGAGUGAACCUACAAGCCAGCCAAAGAAAACCUUGGGCAAGAAACUUCAGACACCAGUGAAAGUGGAAGAUGCUGCCAAGGAAAGUCAUGGUGAGAAACCUACUCGAUUAUCUUCAAUGUCAGCAAAGAGCUCAAAGACCAAGAGCAAGAUUCCAUCACAAGACAGUGAUGAUUCCGAUGAAAGAGAUACAGAGAGGAGAGUUGGAAAGUCCAUCAAGAAAUCCCAUUUGGGUUCAAGGAAGGCAGACAGCAGAGAAGCAAAGAGUGAAGCUGUGUUGCAACCCUUGCAUGUUGAUGUAGGACUGCCUGAGCCAGUUUUGCCACAGAGUACUGCUCCUCCAACAGAAGGUGUUCCUGAAACCCCCAAGGAGGACUCCAUAGCUAACCAGGACUCGAGCAUCCCAGAGUCAGAGGAUAGUGCAAUAAAUCCUGAAAUUGUCAAGUCAACAGAGAGCUUCUUGUUGGUAAAGUCAUCAGAUGCUCGAGAACUUGAAGAAGAGAAUGACAACAUGAUGGACAAACCUCUAGGGCAAAGCCUCGAGAGUAGUAAUUCCACAAGUACUGGUACUGUUGAGGCAGGUGAAGAUGAAGUAGAAAAGUCUAUCCCAAGUCGCUGCAAGAGUAGCGACCUUGACACAAAGUCAGAAUCAGAGAACACCGAUGAACAGACGUCUGUCAGGAGUGAUAGUGACUUUGUUGUGAUAAAUGAACAUACAGCCAGUGAGCAGUCUUCUGUCUAUCUUUACGACACCAGGGAGUCGCCAGAGAAUGCAUCUCCAAAGCACUAUUCAUCAUCCUCGAAUGGGAAGCGCAGUCCCACUGAUAGUGACUUUAGUAUCAUCUCCGAAGGGCGCUUCAAUGAUAUGCAGGAUCCUAUCCAUGCCAGUGCGCAGAGCCAAGAUGUUGGAAACAUCGUCGAGCAGGCCUCCAUGGCUCUUAUUCACCGUGUGUCUCCUUCAUACUCAGCCGAUGUUGAGUCAGAAGAUCAGGACGAUAAACUGACUCCAUCCUCGAGCACUGACGAGCGUCCUAGGUCCAGUUCAGAAGAGGGGAAUAUCAUCCAGGAAGAGCGUACCUCCACACCUACCCCUAAGGACUCUCAGAGCCAUAAAUCAUCGCCACAGUCACCUCAGGAAGAGGACACACCAAGAUCUGUAAAUGAAGAUACCUUGAAAGCAGCCAGUCCUGAAGGUGAGGAAGGGUUUGACCAAAACAGUGCAACUCAACCACAAAAACUACUUAAGAAACUAGCUGAGAUGGCCCAAGUGCUAGAAGCAAGAGAAGCUCAGAUAAUUCAUCUCAGUCAACAAAACGGUGAACUGCAGGAAUCUGUUACAGAUUACAAAAAUCAAGCAGCACUGGCAGAGGAAAAGUUGAAAAACGAAACAUACGAUCUUCAAAACCUGACUGAUGAGUUCACCCAACGGAUCAGUUCUAUGGAGAAAAAAUUACAACUGGCAAAUAGAGAAAGGGAUCAAUUUAAGAAAGAUUCACAAAAGAUGCAGAAGGCUCUAAAUGACAUUGAGAAGAAUGAUAUUACCAGUAAGGUGUUAUCUGAGAAAGAUGAGCAGAUCUCAGAGCUGAUGAUAGAGGGAGAGAAGCUCUCAAAACAGCAGCUCCAGAAUUCAAACGUCAUCAAGAAACUCAGGGCCAAGGAGAAGGAGACGGAUAAAUUACUUAAGACACAAAAGGAACAGUUGGAUCAAGCAGAGACAAGAGUUUCUCAUCUAGAAGAAGUCUUAGAUGCCAAAGAAGAUGUAGAAAAGAAACAAAAAGAUGCCAUUAAGACAUUGAAUACUGCUGUUGAGAAGCAAGAAAAAGAGAUUUUGAAUCUCAAGUCUGAAUUGGAAGAAGGGAGAGAGAAAGUACGCAGCACACAACAUGCCUUAGAUGCCUCCUACAAGGAAAUUGCAGAGCUCCAUCGAAGCAUUGCGGCCAAGGAAAGCAAGGUACAGGAGACUGCCCUCAGUGUUGAGAUGAAUGCCAAGGAGGAGCUGAAGCUAGCUUUAGAUCGAUCUCAGCUAGAGGCAAGGAGACAGCAUGAAGGACUCCUACUUCAGGUGAAUGAUCUCCAACUGAGCCUGAACCGUGCCGAUCAGCAGAAUGCUCGUAAGGAAGACGCCUUCAGACAAGAGAUCUCUGACCUUCAGCAGAGGUUACAGGAAGCUGAGGCACGCAACCAGGAGCUAAGUCAAAGUGUCACUGCAGCUACAAGACCGUUGCUCAGACAGAUUGAGAAUCUACAGGCCACCUUCAACGCACAGUCAUCGUCGUGGGAACAGGUUGAAAGGAGUCUGACGGAACGUCUCAGCGAGGCGCAGACGCAGCUAGCUGUGUCGGCCGAGAAGGAGAGAGGUGCUCAGGAGGCGGCACUGGAAGCCAGCUCUAAGGUGGCUGCUCUAGAGUCACAGUUAGCCAUGCUAAGACAGGAGAAGUCUAGGUUGAGGGCACUGCUAGAGAUGGAGAAAGCUAGAGUGGAGAGUCUGGAAGAAAGCAAAACAAGGGACUUUAGUCACAUGGAGAACCAGCUGCAGAAUUACCUGAGAUCCUUCGAGGAGGCUCAGCAGCAGAAAUCCAACCUGGAGAAACAGCUCCAGCUAGAACACAUCAAGGUGGAGACGGAGAGGAAGAAGCUUAGUCUAGCCCAGGAGGCGCUCGAGGAAAAGGAGAGACGGCUACAGCAGUCUGAAGAGAACUCAGGUUCACCGAGUCCCAGUUCACGAGCUAGCACCCCCGUCCAUUCUGAUUUCAGACCGUCCUUCAUCACUAGUAUAUCAAGGACACCCUCACAGAAUGAAAUAUUGGAGAGGACGAUGUCCAUGAGUAUGACUGGCUCGGUGUAUGAUAGUGUUGUGUCUGGGUCAGCUACAUCUAUUAUUGAAAGUCUACAAUCGCAGCUGAAACAGAGAGAAGGGGAAAUAUCACAACUACAGUCGGAAAUCUUUCAACUGGAAAGAACGAGAUCAUCGAUGGCUGAAGAGAUCGUAAAGCUGACCAAUCAAACGGACAGACUGGAAGAAGAAGUUAGUUAUGUACCUGAACUUAGAAUACAGCUAAAGGACCUCCAACAUCGUUAUAAUGCAGUGCUUCAGAUGUAUGGUGAAAAGGCAGAGGAGGUACAGGAACUCAAACUAGAUCUACAAGAUGUCAAAGAGAUGUACAGACAACAGAUUGAGGAUUUAAUCCGAGGAUCAACGUAAUAUGGGAAACAUUGGUUUCUGAUAUGAAGUUAUAUCAAGACCCAUCCUGCUUUUCAUUUUUGAAGAGGAAUUGGAUUUCAUGUGUACUACAUGCUGACAUCUAAACUGCCUGUUAAGGAUAUCCAUAGGAGGCUCUUUGGAAGUUAUCUUUUGGGUUUAAGAAGACUUUGAUUUCUGUCUUUUGUAGUGAAUGAUUCCUGGAUCUGCUGCGUUACUUGACCCACUGUGAUGUUUGGAAUGCAUGAUGGUUUUUAGGCAUCUCUCUUCAUUUUUUUUACUAGAUAUAUAUGUUACAUAUUUAUAACUUUUUUAGCAUGAUUUUGUGAUCAUUUAACCUAGUCAUCAUUUUCAAUAUGAGGUAUGUACUAUUAUUUCCUAUUUCUUUGAAAUUUGAAAAUUAGACUAAAGAAUUUUAAUUUGUAAUUGGAGGAUUAAUAAAAACAGUUACUGUAUCUAUAGUAUGAAUAACUUCUUGUUGGAAGUGACGAUGGUUUAUUGUGAUGAUGAUGAUGAUGAUGAUAUGAUGAUGAUGAGAUGGUGAUGAUAUGAUGAUGGUGAGAUGAUGGUGAUGAUUGAUGGUGAUGAUGGUAUCACAUUCAUUCAGGCUUGAACAAAGUUCAAAAUAAUCAGAUUAUUCGUUUUUAGACUAAUUAGAUAAUCUACCAGAGUGGUAUGUUACUCCUUUUUUGUUUAAAAAAAUAUGAUACAACUAUCUGCCAUUUUGCAAGUACAUGUAUGAUGUGCCAUUCAAAAGGAGUGAUCUAAAAAAAGAUUGCUUGAUGAAUGUUAUUUUGAUUGUUUGAAUUCAAAAUGUGUACAUCUUUACUAUAUUUUGAAGAAAAUUAAUAAGUGCUGCUUCAGUAUCCUCUCUUACUCAUCAUUUUCAGAAAGUAUCGAGUCAUUUGGUAAUAUAAACAUGAGACUAAUGGAGACAUUGCAAGAAACCUGCAAUUAAUCGCAAGUCAAGUUUGGGUUCAAAAUCAAUGAUAAAUCUGGCAAUAAUUUGCCAUUUUGCACUUGGUUGCCAGUCUGCUUCUUGCAUCAAGCAAUGAUAAUCAGUUUGCUUAAGUUAUGAUUGAUAUAUCAAUUGUAAAUUUGAAUUUGCAAUUGAUUUCAAGUAUUUUCUUGCAACAUCCCUUAAGACUGAUGUCAUGAAGGACACAUUAAACACAUUAUCAUGGCUUGGCCCAAUAACUCUUGAUGCAAAGCCAAAAGAAUCGGACAAGACACACCAGAAAAAAAAAAAGUGUGCGUAUACUGCGCUCAUUUUUGAUACCUCAAUAUAUCUAUCUCAGUACCAAAAACUACUUCAAGGAACGUAGUCACUAAAAUCCUUAAAUUGGCAACCGAGGGUAAUGUCAAAUCACUGCCUCUCAACUAAAAUUGGCAAAUUGGGAACUUCUACAUAAUUUUUUUCAAUCUCUUAUUUCUGAUGUAUACAUUAAAGUAUAAAAGGAAAGUUUAACAAUAAGAAUAAGUAUUAGUGUUGCCAAUUUGAGGAAUAUAAGAUGAUCAAACAAUGCUUUGAGUAAUUGAGUAUCGUUAAACAAGAUGCAUGGCUUCAGAAAAUUUUCUUGAGAGUUGAAUAUCUGAUGAUUUGUGCAAUUUGAGCAGAAUUUUAAAUGAAUAGAAAGAAAGAUAUAUUUGCAGAACUUUUAUUAUUUUUAGAUCACUGCUAUUCAAAGAUAUUCAGUAAAUUAGCAAUGUGAAAUUCCAUGUGUAGUAGUGAUGUACAUGUAUUAUUGAAUUAUUAUGGGUUUAUUUCCAAUGAAUUUUGGUAAUUCUUACUUUGUACAACGACUUGAUUAUGAGUUUCUUCCAAGAGAUGUUAUGAUAGGGUCAUAUACUUCUUUUAAUUGUAGUAUUUAUAUCAAAUUAUCGUCCAUUUUUGUAUGAUAAUUACUAUUCAAGCUUUUUUGUAUACUCUGUAUAAAAAAUUAAAUAUAUGUAUAUCAUGAUAAAUCUCUGUCUAAAAUUUGAUAUGAAGAAGGAUUAUCUCUUGUGUGAUCUUUAAAUGCACUUUAAAUUGGCAAUUUUAUUUUGUUGAACAUUAUUGUGUCAGCUAUGUUCAUCACAAAGUUUGUCUGUAGAUGCAUUAGCACCUUGCAUCAGUGAAAAAUAUGCCGAGAUUUCUGUUCAAUUUAUUUAUUUGCAUAUAACACAGCAACAUAAAAUUGAGAUUUUUUUAAUGAAUUUAGAUUGUUCUAUUUUAUGUAAUGAAUGCAUUGCCAGCAAUACACAUUACAUGUAUUUGGGGGCAAUGCAGCCUCAUUCCAUGAAUUUGAGAAGUGAUUUUACAUGCACUUCUGAUUCAUAUUAUAUUAUUACGUUUAUACUGUAGUACAAACCGUAGAGGACUUUUUUUUUCUUUCACAUUUCAGUGUUGGAUUUAUUUCACUGUAAUCCUGCUUCCUGGCUGGUGAACAUGUUUUAUUGCUAGUAAAAAAGUAAUUUUCUUUCAUACUUUUACAAAUGAGUAAGAACCUACAUGCCUGUGGCUUGUACUCCUGUCUGAAGGACUUUGCAAUUUACUAUAAUAGCUUGCCAAAUGGUAAUGCAGCAUGGAAUUAAGAGUUCAGUAUCCUGUCUCAGAGCUUAAUCACUGAUUUGCAUGAUGGAAAGACUGGCAGAUCCUUUGAUAUUAAUCUCUACUUUUACUACCGUUUUGCUUUUAGUUAUGAAGAGGUGAAUUUUAGGAAUGUAAAGAAGCCAUAUGCCCAUGAAGAUGAAGUGUAUUCACUGUUUAUUUACACCUGUGGGUAAAAGCUAGCCUUAGUGAAAGGAAAUGAUAAUAGUUGAUAUUGGAAUAUCCAAUUACAAACUUUAAACACUGGUGAAAUUAACAGUCCGAUAUUAUUGAAAAAGGCUAUAUUUUCCAUUGUACUGUAUAUGAUAAAUAAUAUUGGAUACCCUUAUACAUUUAUUUCAGAUUUGCUGCUUAAGUCCCUUUGAUAAUAUCCCAUCCUUUGAAGGUGAACUAUUGGAAAGCUUACAGUGACAUCACUUGUGUCAAACUAUCUAUGUGUAUUUCCACUUGGAAUAUAAUUAGAUUGGAUAAGACAUCAUGUUCGUUCUUUUUUUCUUGUAUAGAACUCAUUUCAAAUUCAUAUUAUCUGAAAAGUAUAAUGUACAAAAAUAUCAGGCUUUGAGAAAGUAUAGUGGGAAUUGGUAUGGCAAUUACUAUUUUUUCCGCAGAAGGGGCGAAGCCCUGAUGGAAUAAUAGUUGUAUAUAUUGCCAGUCCAACCGAUGUUGUUUACGUCAUAUUAUAUUUCUUAUGUUAACUGUGGUCUUUCCUCAUGCUUUAAUGAGGAAAAAAUUUAUUAUAGUUAUAUUCCCAGACAGGUAUGAGUGAUACGGGUGCCAAAUGAGCUGAUUUAUUGAACAUUUAUGUUGCAUUUGGCUAUCCAUAGUUAAACUCACAAAUUCAGACUAGAAUUUAAGUUAAACUCGAGUUGAGAAUUCAGGCCUAUGACAUCGUUUGUUUACCCAGGCUUGAUUCUUCAGCUAUGAAGAGAUUUCCAGUGGGCCCGGCAAACAUAUUGAAUGACAUGUUUAUUAGUCUUAAAUGUUCCUUUAUAUCAUUGUAUGGUUUAGUGAUCUUUUUUUUUUAUCUGAUUGCUAAGAAUUCAUGAAUGCUUGUAAGCAAGCAGCCAGGGGAGCGGCGGCUUAAGGUCCUCUCCGAGGGAUCUGGUAAUCAGGAUUAAUGCCUUACUAAAGGGCACUAGCACACCAGGUGGGAAUAGAACCCGGGUUCACGGAUUUUAAAACCACUGCUCUACUUGCUGAGCUAUCAUGUCUUCUAUCAAAUAUGAUUUAUAGUAUCUUUGGCUUACAUUUCAUUUGGCAAUAUUCAAAGCAAUAUCGCUUGCUAUGAGGUCUAACUAGGUAUGGUUGUAGUAUUUUUCUAUUAUGUUAUUUCAGUGAUACAAUGUUUUGAUGUAGAUAUUAUUUCAUGUAAGCUUAAGAUCUGUUUAGGUGUACAGUGUAUGGCUGAUUUAUUUCGAGAUUUGCAUGCCAUGUAUGUUAUUAUGUCCAUUAUCAUACUGAAAUUUAAGUAUCCAUUUUCUCAUCAAAGUCACAAGCCAGUUACAGGUUAAAGCAAUCAUCCUUAAAUCUAUGAUUUCAGCCCCGCCUGUCACGAAAUAUAAUGUUAGAAUGAAUGUGAUUUGCCUGUUGAAUGAUUUUAAUUUCAAGACUUUGGAAGGGUUUUGUUGAUUUUCACUAAUGAAUUUGGUCUUAGCCAAUCAGAAACUAGGAUUUCCGUAGCUUGUAACAAUAGUCUCUGAAAUUCACUGUCUAUUUGUUUCAUUAAAUGCCCCUUAAAGUGUAUGAACAGAACAUUACAAAUUCCACAAUGUUUGAUGCCAUGGUUUCCAAUUGCAUUCAUAUUACAUGUACUUGUGUCAGAUCAAAGUUCAGUAAUUUAUUGACAUAAGCAUUGUGAUUAUAAGAACAUAUCGUAGUAUAUUUUUAAUGUAAAAGAAAUUCUUCUGUGAUUGAAAAUGACUAUUUGUAUUUUUAAUCAAUUGUUUGUCGGUUGUCAAUGUUAUUCAAUGGAGAAUCAGGGGCCUGUGUCAUAAAGGACUUGCAACUGUUGUAGCUUUGCCAUUAUGGCAACUACCAUGGUAACCUUGAUUCUGAUUGGCUGCUGAGCCCUGUUGCCAUGGUAUUUGCCAUAAUGGCAAAGUUACAACAGUUGCAAGUCCUUUAUGAAACGGGCCCCAGAAAUCAAUCUUGUCUACCCUUUAAUAAGAGGCUAGGUUUCUAUCUAAUGUGAUUAGUAAAAAAAAAAUGUAAAUUCUGAAGAAACUUUAA